AUGUAUGUUAGAAGCCGAGAAUACCCCGAUAAGUUAGGCUCGCAGCCGAAUGCCUUGUUUAACGGGCUGCUUACACGACAGCAAGAGCUUGAUAGUCUGAGAAACCCUCGCGAUGCGAAAUAUCGUAGGCGAAGCGAGUUGACAGGGUUGACGAGUGUCACCGGGCAGCACCCGCUCAAGAUGAAAGGGGACUUGGAUCAGGAUGGUGGCUACUACACGCACCAGCCGCAGCCACAGCAUCAGCAGCAUCAGCAUCAGCAGCCACAGAAUCGUCUAAGUGUCAAUAUGGAUGCGGAUAGUGGUCCAGAAUAUGAUAAUCGCAUGAACAUUGUUGUCACUAAUAGUGACGACGAUUCGAUCACCUGUGGAUCUUCGAGGUUUAGCGAGGCGCUAUUGGGCGGGAGCCAUCUCUUGAGCUCUGAAUAUGAAUCCAAUAGAAACAGCUACUCGAUGGGGCCAGUCUCAACGUCGGUGUCCAGGCCUAGAAGCUCCAACAGCAGUCUUGGACAUCUGAAAAACCCAUCGUUCUCAAACAUCUCGGUGUCUUCUCUACCCUCGCAUAAAAGAAUGCACUCCAACAUGUUGCAUCUCGCACCUUUACGACAAGAGCAGGCCUCUUCGUCGGAAUCACUGCAUUCAAAGGGAAACCAAUUGGCUAAACAGUUUCUUGAAACAGCUACAAAAACUGCACAUAAUAAAGAGCCCACUGUGCCAGCAUCUGCUGCUUCGACUAACGGGUACAGCGACUCGUCUGGAAUGGCGGAAUUCGUCUCAACGGGAUUCAUUGAAAAACUCUUUCCAAUGGGUAAAACAUCUAAUACCGCAGGCCCCAGAGAAGGGAAAGAAGAUUUGGAUAGGAAAAAGCCAACAGAACACAUGUCGGUAGAUUUUAUGAAACAUAUAGAGAUGAAUCUAACCGCAGUCGAAUCCCGACUGAAACAUUUUCUGAAGGAUUCUAUACGGUCACAGGAAUUGGAAAUGAACCAAAAAGUAUCCCAGUUACAGACGCUGUCUGGGGUGGUCCAGAAAUUACACACCGAUAUUAAGGGAAUCAGAACUAGUAGCAAAACCCAGUUAAACGAACUUAAAGCAAAGUUUGAUAGCUCUGAUCCAGAUUCAUUCAUCACAAGUUUGACUAAAUUGGUUGAAAAUCACGUUUCAAGACUAGAAACAAUGGAAAAGAGGACUACAGAUAUUCAAAGUGAAUUAGAGGCUAAAAAACAACAACUAAGAAAGUUGGAGAAUCUGAUUAAAGUCAAUGACAUGAUCAAUGAUUUUAAACGUAAUAUGAAACUAUCCGAAAAGCUGAAAGAAAGUUGUGGUACCCUUGGUGAUAUAUUUGUAUUGGGGUUUACAUUUCUGUUGAUCGUAUAUUUAUUUAAGCGCUGGUUCGCUUCAGAAUAA